AUGUUGAGACCCAGAUAUAUAUCAUAUAGUUCCAACAUUACUUAAGGAGGAUUAUAAGCAAUAUAACAAUCAGUUAAUCAAGAAUGUCUUAGUAAAAUAUUAAAUUUAUAAAGGAAAUGGUAGCAGUACUAAAUAGUUAGUGUAAAAGUUUGUUCCAUUUAUUAAAGAAAGAGAUAGCAUGAAUAGAUUAGUGACAAAAUUAUAAUCAAUAUCACCAGAAAGAACUGAAAGGAAAACUUCAUGUGGAGCAGUUAAUUAAAAUAAAGAAAUGUGGAAGUAAAACUCACAAGUCAAAAUAAAGAGUCCAACUAAAAAAUUUCUGAUCUCUAAUGAUGUUUCAUUAAGUAAUUCUAAUGAUUAUAUAAGGUAAACAGAGAAGUUUUUCAAAUGUUGAUAAUAAAUUAAAAUUAGUAUAAGCUUAUACUGAUAGACUUUAAAUCAAUUAAGAUGAAUCAAUAUAAUAGAUUAAUAUGAAUUAGGAUGAUAUUAACUUUUAAAUGUAAAUCACAAACCAAGAAAAUGUAAAAAUAAAUACUUAGAGAUCUCCAAUAAAGAUCAGGGUUGUUAAAUAGGAUAGUUAACAUAGUGAUUUAUUUAACAAAAACAUUUAACAUCAGAAUUCAGAAAAAUUGAAAUUGUAUAAACAAUUACUUGAGAAGCAGAAGCUAUAUAAUAAUGGAGAGAUUAGAAAAAGUGAUAUUAAAUUGCCAGCUUUAUUAUUCAAAUAAUAUAUUAAAGAAAUCUUAGAUGGCAAUUAAAAAAUUAAAGAAGUAAUCAAUUCUUAGGAUGAAAGUAAAUAUGAAUUUCCUCCUGAAUUUGAAUAAAAAAUUAUCUAAAUGAAAAAGGAUGUAAGAAAGAUGAAAAAUAAAUUGAAAAAUUGGGAAAAAGAUAGAAGAACUUCAGAAGACUUAAGACAUUUGAAAGAGGUUGCUGAUUCUAUCAUUUAAAGAAAUGAAUGA